UGUUGCGUCUUAUGUAGACGGGCCUUUACAGGAAAAACGGCGGCGUGACCCCUCUCAGGUUUCUCUCUGGUACAAAUAAAUUAUAAUUCUAACCUAAAAAUUUUAAAGUAUAAAAUUCAACAUGAGCGAUGAUGAAAGAUCUCUACUUGCAGAGGACCAAGAUCGUGAACAAAUACGAGAGGAGUUGAAACAUAUGAGUUUCGAAGAUUUGCAGAAAUUAAAGGAAAAAUUGGGAACUAAGAUAUAUAAUCAAACAAUAUUUGGAAACAAAAGCAAGAAAAAGACAGAAUUUAAACGGGAAAAUAAGAACAGGCCACGGGAAAUAUCUGCUAAAAAACCAGUUUCCAGAUUUAGAGAAUUAGUUUCGGUCAAAAAAGUUGUAGUCCGAGAUCCCAGAUUUGAUAGUUUAUGCGGUACAUUUGAUGAAAAAGUCUUUAAACAUUCUUAUGCAUUUAUUAAUGACUUACGAAAGAAUGAUCUCGAAACCUUGAAAAAUGAAUUAAAAGAAGCUACCGAUCCAAAAACUAUAAAAAAGAUAAAAUAUCUCAUUCAAAGAUUUGAAAAUCAGCUAAGGGAAGAAAAGAAGCGAAGGGAGAAAGAAGAGAAGAAGCGAGAAGAGAAGAAGGAAGUGCAAGAAUUAAUUAAACGAGGAGAGAAACCUGUCUUUAAGAAAAAAUCUGAACAGAAAAUUUUGGAUUUAGUCUCUCAGUAUGAAGAAUUGAAAAACAAAGGUAAAUUGAAGAAGCAUAUUCAGAGAUUGCGGAAGAAAAAUAAGCACAAAGACAGAGCAAAAUUGAGAACUUACCAGAUGGAAUAAAACAAAUGUACAUAUUUUGCAUAUAUAUAUGUGUAUAUAUACACAUGUAUAUACUAUAGUUGUAAGAAAAGAUAGAAAAAAUGUAUAUAUGAUAUAAUAAAAAAAGUUUUUUUGUAUUUCUAAAAAGUUCUGAUUAUAAGCAAAGUUAAUUAAUUAAUUUACAUAUGAUUGUAUAAUAUGUCGCUUGAUUGACGGUCGCCUGUUUAAUUAAGUUUUCACAAAACGUUGCUCGAUUUUCGGAACGGAAUACUAUUUUAUUAUAACGUAAUAACUGCUUAUAUAAUUUUAAAGUAUUAUUAAUAGUAUAUUAAUUUUAAAGCAUUUUAAUGAUUUAUAAAGUUUUAAUAAUUAGCAGCGUUAAUUAUUUCGUUCGCGAUGAUAGGGAUACUGUUAGCUGUUAGGUUUUCGCAAAAUGUUACAUGAAAAAUUGCGAUAUCUUUCAUAAUAUUGUGUAGAAUAUAAAUGUAUAGAAUAUAUUGUAUAGAAUA